AUGUCGCAUAACAACAGAUCAACCCCAAGAUUUUCUCGAGGCUCUUCACGUAAAGCACGAAAACACAUGCUUGGAAGAAAUGUUCCUUCUGCUUUUCCAGUCCAUGAAUUCGCUACCUCCGACAAUCAAUUUCAGCCAGAAGGAGGCAACAGUAAUAUUAUGCAACCAAAAUACUUUGUUCGAGAAAUCGUCGAUGUCGUGAAAAACGAAGAAGGAAAUUGGGAUGUGUUAGCUAAUUUUAAAGGCAUCGAAUCAAUGUGGCUCCCGUUUAAACAUGUUCAUAAUGGAGAAAAACUUUUGGAAAAUUACAAAAAAAAGAAUUUGACAAUACCUUCACCCACUUCAUCAGCUGCAAACAUUAAUCUUACACAUCCGUCAACAUCGACCUUACCAACACCGCAAAUACCUCCUCAAUGGCAAAGAGAAUGUAUUUCAAAAUCUAACAAAAAUAUUAUUCCUUCUGAAUCUUUGCAAAUAACGCAGCCUAUGCAUAAAAAUGUUAGUUUAGGAGAUAAAACUAAAGGGAAGCAAAAGCAAUUCUCUGAAUACCCAAUAGUUUUAGAAACAAAUAAAGAGGUCGAAGAAUCAAUUCAGAUAAAUAUUCUAUCAAACAGUCCUCAACGAAAAAUUGGAGAAAAUUCAAUGACAGAAAAUAAGAACAAUGAACAAGCACAUUGUAGAAAAGUGAAAAAAGGCGUUAGAUUUUCGGGACAAGUUGAGCGACAAUCGCCACCACCUUGGAUAUUCGGAAUGGAAAUUCCUGAGGAACUUGAACAAGCUCAAAAUUCGAUCACUACUCCAAAAUCAAUUUUAAAAGGUUCCGAAGAAAUCUCAUAUAUCAAACAAGAAUUAAAAACAGAAUCAUCCAAAAUUCUUUUAGAAUGGAAAGGUUUGUUAAUUUUGCAAAAUGACGAACCAAUCCAAAAACAAAUAGUUAUUAGACCGUUAAGAGGUCAUUGCCCAGAUCCGUCAAUUUUGAAAGAAUCAAUGCCGAGAAAUGAAUUAAUUUUGGAUAAUUUACUCUCGUUCUUCUAUGCUAUGAAAUUGAUGGAGAAAAUGAAUCCGCUUUCAAUUUUUGUGAUGCAACCAGCUACACAAAACGAGCAUUUUACUGAAGUUUGGAAGGCAUUCAAUAAUUAUAAGCUAACAAAAAAGAUCGGUAUAAUUUAUUUGAGUGAAGACGAGUCAUUAUGCUUCUUCGUCUUCCCAAACAUCGAUAAUGAAUACAAAAUUUUUGGUUUACCUAAAAGACCACCGAAUGCAAUGUCACUUUUGAUUCCUUUCACAAUAUCGAUUCCUAAACCAACGAAUAAUCCAAACAUGGGUAACUUGAGCUUUCAUCAAUCCUUAAAUGUGGAUUCAUAUUAUGCUCAAGUCGCCAUAGUUGCCAAUAAAUGGCAAGGCCUUUUGCCAGAAAUUUGCAAGGCGUAUCCCAAAUUUGCUGUAUUCGGUGUUAAGGGGGCUGCCGAAGUUACAGAUUUGAUUGACGCGCUUAGGUUUUAUGAUGCCGUUUAUGCGCCAGAUUUUGAGGAUGAAAAUAUCAAAAUUGUGUUUGUACAAUUUGACAUAAUCAAUCAACUUUGUUUAAUUCCGAAUCUCUCAAAAUUGAAAAAAAGAUGUGAAUUUCGUAUAUUUGGAUAUAUUCCGCAUCUUUCAAUCUCUGUAAAUUUGAAACCAAUAUUAGUCGCAGGAGGCUAUGUGAUUUUUACGAGUUUAGUUAUCAAGUCUAAUGAGAACCUAGUUGAUAGGAUCCUUAAACAAAAAGAAAAAUUAAAUGGAACUUCAACGUGGAAAUUGGUUUUGCAUCCUAAAACCGCAAAAAUCCUCAACUCAGUACCUUUAGAAUCAAGUAGCAGGAAAUUUAGAUUUAAUAAAAACAUGAUUGACUUAAAGUUAAGCGAUGGAAAAAUUGAAAUGCUCAAACACGAAGAAAUUUUCACAGAUGGCAAUGAGGCACACUAUUUAUAUUGGUCCCUCAUUCGUCUUCAAGCUCUUUACUUUCAUAAAUUUUGUCACUUUGUUUUUAUUGGCGAAGAAUCGGAAAUCCCUGUAACGAAUUCACAUAUUAUUGGAGGGGUAGAACAAUGCACAUUAGAGCAAUUUGAAGAUUUUUGA